AUGACCUGGGAAGGCACGUCGACUUCUUACGCUUUUCGAGAUCCUUAUCUAUUAGCUUUUGAGCCUUCAUUUAUUGAAGUUCGAAACGUGGAAACAGGUUUAUUGGAACAAAUAAUUGAAGGGCAAAAUUACGCUGUUUAUAUUUCGAUAAUCGAGAAUGCAAAUAUUUUUGAUUUUAGAUGA